CACCAAAAGCAUGAAAAAGCCCAUCUCCCACAAGGGUUUGCACAAGUGCAAGAUCAAAGAUGUGGAGGAAGAGGAACCUUCAACAUCCUUAUUUUCACAAGGCCACCAUCAUCUCAUUAGCGCUGAAUCUCUCCACUCUCUUCCUUCUUUUCUCUUCCCUCUAUGCCCAUCAAGUGAAAGCUUUCAUCUUCAUCUAUGGAGGCUGCUCUCAAGAGAAAUACCAACCCAACACACCCUUUGAGACCAACCUCAAAUCUCUAUUAUCUUCCAUUGCUACCUCAGGUUCUCAGUCUACUUUCAACAGCUUCGCUAUCGGAAACAGCACCUCCGCUUCGCCGGACGUUUCAGUCUAUGGUCUUUAUCAGUGUAGGGGAGACUUAAAGACCACAGAAUGUGGCAGUUGCACCCAAAACGCUGUAAGCCAGAUCACUCUGCUCUGUCCUAACUGCAGAGGAGCUAGUUUACAAUUAGAUGGUUGUUUUGUGAGGUAUGAGAGCUUUGAUUUCUUGGGGAAGCUAGAAACCAACCUUAUGCACAAGAAAUGUAGUGGAAGUGUUGGUGGUGAUGUUGAGUUCUUUAAGCGUAGAGAUGAUGUUAUUGCAGACUUGGAGACAGCAACUGGUUUCAGAGUUAGUAGUUUAGGGUUGGUGGAAGGUGUGGUUCAGUGUUUGGGUGAUUUGAGCUCUGCAGAUUGCUCUUCUUGUCUCUCUGAAGCUGUUUCAAAGCUGAAGAAUGUUUGUGGAUCGGCAGCAGCGGCUGAUGUUUACUUGGCUAAGUGUUAUUCUAAAUAUUGGGCUUCUGGGUACUAUGAUUCAUCCUCAGAUUCUUCCAACGAUGACCAAGUUGGAAAAUCAGUGGCCAUUAUCGUUGGGGUAUUGGCUGGCCUCGCCAUUGUCGUCGUCCUUCUCUCCUUUUUACUAAAGGCAAUGGAGUAGGAACAGGAGGGGAGAAAGAUGGUGAACAACGCACUAAUGGAGGGUGGCCCUACAAAUUACUCCUAAUACUGCACUAGGGUUCAUAUGUGCUUCAUUCUAAAGCGUGUUUGUUAGAAUUGGGCUCUUUUGUGUGUUUGUUUUUUAGUCGAUACUAAAUUAUCUUCUUUAAUGUGCCAAAAUUUAAUCUUCUUUCUA